UAGUAUCGUUUGUGUCAACAAAUGGAACAAAUGGAAGCAGCUGGAAUCGCUGGCGAUUCUGUGGCCACAGUUGUCCCCAAGGAUGCUCAAGUACUGAAACCCACCCGAAACACAGCCAUUAAAUGCCUGAAAUGCGACAAGGUUUACAUAUUCCCCGGAGACAGGGACGAUUGCCUGGCGCACCUGUAUCUUGAGCACCGACUCGUUAUUGCGGAUGUGGAUGAAAUUGCCGUGUUGGAGGACUACCUGCAGUACUGGGAGAAGGAGUUCCAGGCUCAUGAAUUCGAGCAAUACUGCACGACAAUGUUUCUGGACCAGUUGCCCGAUGGCAGCUAUGCCAAGAAUGAGAAAUAUUUUCUGCUCUGUGAUAUACUGCCGCAGGACUUUGAGCUGCGCCAGCGGCUGCAGGAGCAGCGCCUAAAUGCAGCCCUCGAGCGGCACCAGUUCGAGCUGACGGAUCGUAGUUUCAGCAAGGAAUGCCUCUUCUGUCGGACAGUUGUUAAGGGAUUGCGCGCCGAUUACCUCGAUCAUCUGUUCGACAAGCAUUUCCUGUUGGUGGGCAAGCCGGAGAAAUUGGUCUUCGUGGAUGAGUUGCUCGAUCAGCUCGAGGAGAAUAUAAACAAAUUGUUGUGUUUGUACUGCGAGAAGAUAUUCAAGGAUCGUCCCACACUCAAGGAGCAUAUGCGGAAGAAGGGUCACAAGCGCAUCAAUCCCAAUCGCCGGGAGUACGAUAAGUUCUUUCUGGUCAACUACAAUCGAGCGAAGCAAGCGCCAGCGCAACGCAAGCAGCAGCAGCGAGCGAAACGUCGAUCCUUGGCCGAGGACAACGUGAGCGUUGAUUUUGACAAGCAUUUCGCACGCCAGGACUCGGAUGGGGAUCAUGAUUCGGAUUGGUCCGAUUGGGCAGCUGAUGGGGAGCCCCACUCCAUCAAGUGCCUUUACUGUCCACUGGAAGAGGCUCAGUUCUCAGUCCUAAAAAAGCACAUGAUCGAUGUGCAUCACUUGGAUUUUGAUGCCGUCACCAGUUCCCUGAAUUUCUAUCAGAAGAUCAAGGUUGUCAACUUUAUACGUCGGCAGAUUUGCUUGUUGCGCUGCAUUUGCUGUGAUCUGCAAUUCGAUGAAUUUGCUCUGCUUUCCGACCACAUGCAGCAGGAGACGCAUUGUAGCAUUGGGCAGCGUUCCAAUUGGGAUAAGCCCGAAUUCUUUUUCCCCUACGUGGACAACGAUGGACUGCUGUGUGUGCUGGACGACAGCGUGGCAGAUGGUGACUUGGAUGCGGAUGUGGUACGCAUCAUCUCUGAGGAUAGUUCGGCGCAGAUCAACAAGGAUGCAGAGCAACUAUCACUAGAAAAUUUUAAAUUGUGAAUUUUGAUGAAAUGAAAGAAAUGUAAAUAUAUUCAAUUUCUCUUAA